AUGAUAGUGGUAACAUUGACAGGAUACCUACAGACAGAUGUAAUAAUAGUUGAAGAGACGACAGAAUUAACGGACUUAACGAAAUAUCCACAAGUGGCAGUGACACCAAAGAGUGAAAGUACCCCUAUAUCUGGUGUAACGGAUAACUUAUCCGAAGUAACAGUUAAAGGUAGCAGGAUUAUAUGGGAUAGAAGCAUUUUCAUACUGUUCCGUGGGUUACGGGAAAUGAAUUCCAUGUUCGAGUACUUCAGACUGAAUGAGUUCGUAUCCGUGCAAACUGGUCGGUUGGGUAAGCUAAAAUUCGUGAAUCAAGUGAAUUUGCUUUAUGAGAUAGCUCUUAGCGUCUUCCUGGGUGAUCUUCCACUGUUAGCUUUUUACUGGAUUGUUUAG